AUGAAUGACGAAGACAUUUCGACACUCUUAUGGCGGUUAGAAAAUGGAGAGGUAUCAGAAGAUGAAAGUGAUCUAGACGAGGAUGCCUUAGACUAUUAUGAUAAUGUCGGUGAGUUGCAAGCAGAUCUUGAAAGAGAGAACCAUAUACUAGAAGAAAUAUUGACCGAAAAUGAUGGGACAGCCCCUGAUCCUCCACUAAUAUUUGAUAAACUAGUAGAAAACCAGCCCCAUUCCAACGCCACUCCUAGUUUACGGGAUAUGGAAGAAGAAGAAUUUGGAUUUGGUGGAUCAGGCUUUUACAUUUCUUGGAUGUACUGA